CAUCUGUUCCUCCUCAACCGUGUCGUCCGUCCCAUUGCCGGACAGUCCCUAAGUCCAUAGCUGCCCAAUCCGGCGAAAUCAUUUUGGCUUCCUAAAGUACCUUACGUAUAAUACUUCUAUACCAUGCUUUAGCAUACAUAGCGCACGCUCAACUUGCUUGAAACCGUCCUUCGAAAGAGUUCAAGCACGCCACAUCAACCCGCAUAGGCUCUAGGGCGUGGCAUAGAGUAUCCGGGCUGAGCUAGGGCCCGGCCCGGCUGGACUGCAGCGCCCCUGAUACCCCUACAUCCAUAUACUUUUGAGGACCCUCCACGCUCUGUUCGUUUCUUAGCGUGAACGCCAUAUAAUAGGGGAACAUGGGAAACUCUCAGGGCAAAGGCGAUGUCGCGACAACAAGUCGCGCAAAGGCUAUCACUGGAGGAGCCGUGAAGGGGAAAGCAACUCUGCCGAAGUUGCCACCUAACGCAGUCAAGUCGCAGCCUGAGGACUAUGCCUUUAUCGAGAAUGCUCUGGGGCGUCUGUUGCUAUUCACGAGGCUUGAUCCUCAGAUACAACGGAAGAUUGUUUCGGAAAUGUAUGAGCGGACUGUGCCUGCUGGUGACAUCCUCAUCAAGGAGGGCGACACCGGCCUCGCGGCGGCCGAGCUGUACGUGGUCAAGAGCGGAAAGUUUGAGGUGCUGCAAAAGCGGCAAGGCCAGAAUGUCCGUGUGAACAUCAAGGAAAGGGGCGACUGUUUCGGCGAAAUUUCGCUGAUGUAUGACAGCCCUCGCACGGCUACAGUAGCAGCGACGAUGGAUGCGGUGGUCUGGGCCCUAGACCGCCAAGUCUUCAGGUUUUUCGUCCGGGAGCUGCAAGAGACACAAGUAUCCCAGGUCGAGCUGUUCCUAAACAGCGUGCCAAUCCUGGCCAACCUGUCCCGCGAGGAGCGCAUUCGCCUGGUGGAUGCCUUCGAGGAGGUGACUUACCAGGCGGGGCAAAAGGUUAUUGUGGAGGGCGACAAGGGUGACCUCUUUUACAUCGUGAAAGAUGGAGAGGCCAUCGUGUAUCAAAACACCCCGGGCGGGCAGCGAAAGGUGAACCACCUCUUCAAGGCAGACUUCUUCGGGGAGCGCGCCUUGCUCACAGAUGAACCCAGGAUGGCGACCGUGGAGGCGUACACGAAGCUCAUCUGCUUGACGCUAAAGCGUGAGACGUUCCAGGAGAUCCUGGGUCCGCUGGAGCAGCUGAUGGCGCGUGAGAAGUCCAACCAGGUGGUGGCCCAGAAGAUGGCCAAGCUGCAACCCCGCGGCUCGCAUGUGCAGCGGCCGCCCGCGGAGGUGUUCAUUAAACGGAAAAAGAAGGGGCGGAACGGCGAUACCUGGGAGGUGGUGCGGGCGCGCGGGCACCUGGAUGAGGUGCUGGAGCUGCGCAAAGGCGGCACGAAGCUGGAUGGACUGGAUCCCGGGGCGACAGGCAAGGAGACCAACACCCUUGUACUUACAGAGGGCACGGUGCUGGGCGGUGGCGCUUUCAGCAGAGUGUCCAUUGUCACAGAGGAGUCGACGGGGCGGUCGUACGCGCUGAAGCGCAUGCGAAAGUCGGCGGUGGUGCAGUGCCCCGAGCACGUGUACUGCGAGCAGGCGAUCACCAAGAACGUGGCGCACCCCUUCUGCAUCCGCCAAUACGCGUCGUUCCAGGACAAGUACCACCUCUACUUCCUGUUCGACCUCAUGCCGGGCGGCGAUCUGAUGGACGUGUUGGUGGCGGAGGCCAAGGUCAUCAGGCGGCGUGUGCCGCAGGGCACAUGGCGGAUAGGCUGCCUGGCGCCCAAGGUGAAGAUGCUGCAGGGCAUGAGCGAGGACCUCGCCAAGUUUUACAUCGGCUCUAUCGUGCUGGCGCUCGAGUACCUGCACAACAACAACAUCGUCUACCGCGACCUGAAGCCCGAAAACGUUUUCAUUGACGGCGGCGGCUACGUUAAGCUGGGAGAUUUCGGCUUUGCCAAGGUGCUGGAGAACGGGAACAGGACGUACACGUUCUGCGGGACGCCCGGCUACGUUGCCCCUGAGAACGUGCUGGCCCACGGCUACAACUACAGCGUUGAUUGGUGGGGCCUGGGCGUGCUGAUGUACGUGCUGCUCACGGGUCGCCAGCCCUUCAGCACUCCCAAGACGGACGACCCCAUGGUGGUCAUGCGACGCAUUGUGGACGAGAGCUACCAGAUCAAGUACCCGCCGUACCUCUCGCAGGCAGCCAAGGACCUCAUCUCGCGGUUGUUGGAGCGGAAGCCAGCCAAGCGCCUGGGCAUGCUGAACGCCCGAGCCUUGGACAUCAAGAACCACAAGUGGUUCGAGAACCUUGCAUGGGAGGAGCUGGAGGCACGAAGGAUGGGCGCGCCGCGCAAGCCGAAGGAGGCCGACAGCAGCAAGCGCCUCAAGGAGAUGAUCGAGAACGAGAAGAAGACGGCGGGCAAGACUCCAAAGGAGACCCCAGAAGAGCUGCAGGAGUGCGAGAUGGUGUUUGCCGAGUUCUAGACGGAACGCAUUCGCCCACCGGCUUGGCUGCGGUACCGCUCCUCUCUUGCCUUGGUUGGGCCGCUGCUGGCAAGCAGGCCCUCAUGUGCCUCCACGCAGCGAUUUAUGCUCUCCUUUCGAGUUGUGUAUUUGUCGGAACUGGAACGAAACUUGGGCCUGCACGCAACCAGCGGUGCGCUGAUUGCUUCCAAGGUGUAAAUGGGGCAGCAACUAGUAGGGCAGGAACUCUGCUGGUUCCCUUGUCAACGCAUGCAUGACGGUAUUAUAGCUUGGUGUGUGAUAUGUAUUAUGCAUCUUGGGCAAGCUGUGGCGAUUGAUAUACCAGGUUGACACGAACUACCUGGGGUUUGGUGUCUUCUGGGUUGGGCUGCUGUGGUAUAGUAUCCGGAUACAUGCAGCACAUAAUAUGAGCAUUGCACUGUGCACGCCGCUCGAGAGCUGAUGUGCGGUGGUGCACAUGAAGCGUCGAAGGGGAGGAGGAGGUCGACACUGUCCGAAUGCUCCCCGGUAGGAACUGAGACAACAAACCGGACACAGGCGAUGUUUGUACAUGACGGGUGAUACACUGACUAGAAACAAUGGUCUCGAAGGACGGGCUGUCCUUUUUUACGCGCAGUUGCAUCUGCCCGUCGCUGCUACGAACGCGCGAGCUGGUUCAAUGCCGUGAGUCUGUGCUGCUAAUGUCAUGUACUGCACGUGGUUGGGCUGGUUUGGUCACUAAUCCUUUGCAUGCGGCGCCCUGGAGCUGUUUUCUUGCAGUGGUGUUACCGGUAGUCUGGCCCCAUCCCCUAGCUAGGCAUUGCCAGGCACGCUCCGCUGUUACCCGGUACAUUGGUGGAACUGCAUCUUGGGGUUCCGCGUUACGUCAUGCGUUAUGCCUGACAGGUACCGCUGGAAAAGCACACUGCUGUUUUGUUGCCGUAUCAUGCUGGGAGCACCGCUGGGACAGCGUUUAUAGGUCCGUGCUAAGUGUUGGCUAAGCCUUGUGAAACGUGUUUGGUGACGUUUCUACCGCAUGUGUAGGUACGUACAUACUACAUAGCUACUAGGGUGCUGCGAGUUGUGUGUUACCGUAAGCUGAACUCGGCGUCUUUUGUUGGAUAAGGUUAGGAUGAAUGUUAUGUUCCGGCCGUCAUGUGCCGUUUCUCCCGACCUGGGUGGGCAUGUGUCACCCUCUGGGACCCAGUCAAAUGACACCGUGAUGGCGUACUGUGGCUGCGCUGCCAAGGUCAUGCUGUGCGCUUGCAGCCAGUGACAUGCUCGGCUGAUGUGUAACGCGAAAGUGGCU